CAGCAGCUAGACCAAAGCCACCCCGCCGUGGUUGACGUUAGAACCUCUAAAAGCUACUCCUAUGGAGACUUAGUGUCAGCCGUCGCGAUAUUUCGAAACAAGAUCUUAAAUGGACGAAAGUGAGUAUUCUGGACAGACGGUCGCCGCUACCUUCAAUGCUUUUCCCAAAACAAGUAUUAAAACCGUACUUUCAAUUCACAAGUGACCUGAACGGUGAACGCAUUGCGUUCAUCUGCCCAAGUGGCUACCAAUACGUAGUGUGGCAAUGGGCUAUUUGGGCAGCUGGAGGCGUUGCCGUUCCACUUUGUACGGCACAUCCUGAGCAUGAACUCCUGUACAGUGUGACGGACUCGGAAGCUUCACUCAUUUUGGCUCAUCCCAAAUACGAGGCUGUGAUGGGAAAUGUUGCUAAAACGGUGAAAAUCGACCUUCAGGUGUUCGGAGAUUCUGAUAUGGAUGUACAAGAAAAGGCUAUUCCGGAGCUGUUUGACAUGGAGAUCACUAGACCUGCCUUGAUCAUCUUUACUAGUGGCACCACUGGUAAACCAAAGGGAGUUGUGUCCUCACAUGAGGCUAUUACGGUGCAAACAGAAGGGCUCGUGCAGGCUUGGAGAUGGAAGUCCAGUGACCGAAUUCUGCACGUACUUCCACUCCACCAUGUCCAUGGUAUCAUCAAUGCCCUGCAAUGCCCAUUGUUUGCGGGUGCCACUGUGGAAAUUCUGGAAAAGUUUGAUAACAAUGCUGUGUGGCAACGCUGGAUUAGUGGUCAAGAAGGCGAUAGCAUCAACGUCUUUAUGGCUGUCCCCACUAUUUACUCCAAGCUGAUCAAGCACUAUACCACCGGGCUAUCAGAGUCAGAUCAAGUCGCUGCAACCGCGGCUUGUGCGAAAUUCCGUCUUAUGGUGUCUGGAUCAGCAUCUCUACCUACACCUGUUCGAGCUAAAUGGGAAACCAUCUCACAUCAGGUGUUAUUGGAGCGAUACGGUACAAGCGAAUUUGGUAUGGCACUCAGCCAACCUUACGAAAUUAAUGAACGUGUAGAAGGAACCGUGGGACUUCCACUGCCCAAAGUGCAAGUACGUCUAAUGGCCGAGUCUAUUGAGGGCUCGGGUAAAUUUGAUAUGGAUGUCACCGACGAGCGGGAAGUUCCUGGCGCUAUCCAAGUCAAGGGGCCCAAUGUUUUCAUGGGCUAUUACAAUCGCCCAGAGGCAACCACUAAGGAAUUUACAGAAGAUGGCUGGUACAAGUCUGGUGAUAUUGGCAUUCGUCACGGUGCCAAGGGUUACUUUUCCAUUAUGGGUCGAAGUAGUGUAGACAUUAUCAAAACUGGCGGAUACAAGGUCAGUGCCUUGGAAAUUGAAAGGGAAAUGCUGUCAGCCGACUUGGGCAUACAAGACGUGGCGGUUGUCGGAGUAGAAGAUGAAGAAUGGGGACAAAAAGUUGCUGCUGUUGUAGUGAUGAAUACUGACAAAGAACUUGAUCUGCAAACUAUGAGAGCUACUCUCAAACCCAAGAUCGCCUUCUACAAGGUGCCUACCCUUUUGAAGACCAUGGACGAGCUUCCCAAGAAUGCUAUGGGCAAGGUCACCAAAAAAGCGCUUGUUCCCCUUUUCACUUCUCAAGCAUAAUGUAUUGAAGUUAUAACCGCCGUACAGCCAGCUAGAUCGACCCCAGUGAGGCGUGUGUUGGAAUAGACUUGAUUGCCAGUGUUUUAUUGGAAUGAAUAUUAAUAUCUCCUUCAUCUAACACGCUUCUUUAUG